AUGUCCCAGGGGCAGGGUUCAAGCGGCACUGUGCUCGACCCCGACAAGCGCUUUGCUGGCCACGAGAAUGCCUUUGCGAUUCGCCAACGCCACCUGGCAUACCGAACUGCAAGUCUCUUUCUAAUGCACACUAAUUCGAUCAAUCCUGAGCAUGGAAAGUACACCACAUACUCCCAUGUAGACGACCUGCCUCGGCUCCAAACAUCCCAAGCUCAGGCGCCACAUGAGGUGAAGUUGACUUGCGACACCUUCAUCUACUUGCAGAAUCUCACCCCAUUGCUCAUCAGAGAUUCCGAGAUCAUCUCUUUAACCCCUGUGUGUUCUUUCAACACUACCUUGAAGCCGCGUGAGGAUGUAAACCCUUAUGUUCGGCCGGAUUCGAAGCCUUGGGUUGAAGUGCCUUCCACGCAACCUCAUCUCAAGAAAAUCUUGAUCUCAAGUAAUCCAGAUUGGGCCAAUCAUCGGAUCCAGACCGCUCACGAUAGGACACAUUGGCCCUCUUUGGACGUCACCCUCGAUCGUGCGACGCCUCUAGUCGACAUGCCGAAAUGGCUGGGAGGCGAGCUCGGUCCAGCUGCUGCUCUGCAACAUCUUCUGCCUAAGGAGCCAACACAUCGCGAAUGGCGUUCAACAUUCACCAUCGACGUCCACUGCAGAACUGUGUUUCAUCUGCUCGAGCGGCUUCACUUGGCGGCGGCCCAAAAGCUCGAUCAAUCUGUUGAGGAGUCCCAUGGUAACGCUGCACGAUUACGUCACGUUGACAACAUCUUCAAGACAAAGAUGGUUGAGAUCGAUCAUGACUUCCUCCGUUUGCCCUUUCAUGAUACGCACUUGAAACAGAACGUCCUUUCUGCCGGACGCAGGAGAAUCGACUCUCCUAUGCAGAUCAGAACUAUGGAGGCAAUCUAUCAACAGUUAUCAGUGUGGAAGCGAGAUGGAGUCCCUCUCGACAUCGACGCCAAAUUCUCAUCUGGCCGGUUCUACUUAUUUGAGUGGAAACAUAGUGAUCUCAACAUUCUGCCAGGUUCUACUUUCGGAUCAUCGGGAAGGACAGCCGGAUACGACGAGUUGGGUCGCCUGGAAUUCCAGAGAAUCUUCUCUUCGCUUUCCUGCGCUUUCGAAACCUACACCAAGAGUACCCGGAAAUCGUACUCUAUGAUCAAGUUAAUCUUCGCUAAAGAAGGAAUACUGCCACCCACCUACCAUGACAGAGUACUAGCCCUGAGCAGAGAUUUGCGCAAUCUCCAGAUGGUGCUGCUGCUUCUGGGUCAGGUGAAGCUACAUUUCGGGGACAUCUUACGAUCGCAUCUUGUGUGGCUCAGCCAAACAAAGGCCGACGAAACCCAACAUGUGUUCAAGGACAAGGAAAGCUUUCGAGACCACGUCGAGCGCGCAGUAUCGGGCAAGAAGCCCAAAGCCAAGGCUAUCCGAGCGUAUCUUGGUGCCGGCGAGGGUGUUACUUUCGGGGAACACCUGACCAUCGAUCGAAAUCAAUACAAUCGCUGGGUGGCAGAGAGGCAGAAGAUGAUGGCUCAGUCCAAAUCCUCAGCGGAUACGAAAGGGAAAGGGCUUCCUUCGACACCUGACCGUGGCUCUCGCAAUGCUUCAACGGGUAGCACGUCACAAGCAACGUUGAUCGAGCAACAGAUGAGCCAGCUUCGCCUCGAUGAACACCCAUCUGAGAAGUUCAGGGGACCGGAUGAACCUGAAGAUCCCAUCGAUCCGGAGACCCUCGCAGUCGAAAGAGAACGGUUCGAAAGCGGCUGGGUGCCGGCGGCGGAAUCCUAUAUCGGCAUCGUCUGCCGAUAUCAGGAUGCUUUGAGAACGAUCAUGGCUGAAUUAGGAGCCGACUUUCUGUCUUUCUUCUAUGGUGCUCGCUUUGAAGCCGAGGAAGGUCCCGAAAUCCUUAUGGUCAACGCAGAGCCAUGGUAUAAAGACUCUAGCGUCCUCAAUUUCAAAGAAUUCUUCAGCAAGUUCCCGAAGACAAAUGGCGAUCGUUGGUCAGAGCAAGAGUUGUUGACCAUGGAGGACAACAUGAUGGCUCGCGUCUACGGCCCCAAGAAAAAGGACUGGCCGCCCAAAGAUAAGUUGACUCACAACGGAACAUGGCACGCAGAGACUAUUGUGCUAUCUUUGCAUCACUUGGCGACGGAAUUGUUUGAGCGGAUGGACCAGACUCUUGUGCGCGAACCCACGAGAUCAGCCCUCUUUGAAAGCCAUCUCCUCCCCAAGUUACGGGUGCUCGGAAAUUUCCUUAACCUCUCAUCUGUUCUAGCUGUCUCGAAGAGAUGUUGCCCCAGCUGCAACAUGAUGGUAGAAGUGACUGAGACCAGCCGCAAGAUGCAGAUUCUCCGCCCUGGUGAUCACUCGGACUGGUUCAGCACCUCUCUACCCCCAUGGCUUCCAGAGAAAAUCUUUUCCAAGAUGGAGGCUCGAAUCUUUGAAGAGGUGUCAAGAAGGUUGGCAACGCCCUUAUCGGAAACCGAACUUCCAAGGUCUGGUAGCAGCGGAGGAUCGGGACCGGCGCAAAGUAUCCCUGAUGCCCCUAGCCGCGAUCACAUGUUCGACGUCAUGGUCUUGAAUUGGAGGUCACUAGUCCGGGGGUCUCCAGCUUCAUCCGUAGCGCCGUCUUCUCCAGAAUUGGGUAUAGCUGAUGCCCUGGCUAGAGGAGGAGGUGGAGAAGGAUGGGGAUUCGGAUCCAGGGGCUCGACUAACAACAAUCGCAACAACAGAGGAAGUGCGGGUUCGCGGGGAGGCGGUAGCUCUCGUGGAAUCAGCUUCCGAGGAAGAGGAAGUGGUCCGGGAGGCGUCUCGCGCGGAGGUAGCUCACAAGGAAGCAGCUCACGAGGAGGCGGCAGUGCUCGUGGGAGCGGAAGUGAUAGAGGCAGGGGUGGGCCGUCUGGACGUGGAGCUGGCUGGAUUCAAGUCGGAAAGCGUGAGCCAUCGACGACAGUCCCAAGAGAGUCUGACCCUCCAUCCCCGAAGAAGCCCAAGUGGUGA